UAAAUAAAAAGGCAAUUAAUGUAAUUGUCCCUAUUGUCUGGUGCGUGGAGAUUAUUAGUAGAGAGAGAGAGAAAGAGAAAGACAGAAGAUAACUACAAAACCAACCAUAAAUCCAUGUCAUCCCCCACAUACUGCUCUCUCUCCGUCUAACUUUACCUUUGUAUCCUUCUCAGACGCCGUCGUUUGGGCUCUUCCUCAUGGCUUGAUAGAGAGUGAGAGAGAUAACUACAAAAUUUGUCGUGCAAAUAUUGUUGAGGGCGACGUUUUCCGUCAACUGCCGGUGAAGAAAUCAACGAUUUACGGGGCGAUGUUUUGGUGCUGUUCGUAGUCACAUUUCUUUUGUUUUUUUCUGCUUUUUCGGAGCCAGAUUCGUAAAUCACUCGCAUUUUGGAUCGUCGAUUCCUGGAUCAACGGUUGCGGAUUUUUUUAAUUCCAUUUAUUUCUCUCUCCGCUUCAAAAAACCAUAAACAGAGGUGCGUACAUACACUGCGUGCGUUUUACACGCAGUCCGGGUGAGAAAUCUUCGGAGGUCAGUAUACAAAUUGACUCUGUAUUAGUAUCCACAACACUUUUGGAUGAACAACUGUUGCUGCGAUGUUCGGUUGUAAGAGCAUUUAGUGAACAGGAUUGUGAAAGUAUAGUUUAAUUAAACGAAGAAAUUGUUCGUCUCGAUUGACAAGAUAGAGAGAGAAAGCCAUGAAAGAGGUGGGAGAGAGGAGCUUGGACUCCGAGCUAUGGCACGCGUGCGCCGGCGGCAUGGUCCAAAUGCCGCCGGUGAACUCGAAGGUCUUCUAUUUCCCGCAGGGGCACGCAGAGCACACACUCACUACUGUCGAUUUCGGCGCUUUGCCGAAAUUCCCACCGAUGAUCCUCUGCCGUGUCGCCGCCGUGAAAUAUUUAGCCGACCCCGAUACCGACGAGGUUUAUGCCAAGAUUAGGCUGAUCCCGGUGGGGAAGAACGAGCACGGUUUCGAUGACAAUGGACUUCCGGGAAACAACGGAUCUGCGUCUAACGAGAAACCUACUUCUUUCGCGAAGACGCUGACGCAGUCCGAUGCUAACAACGGCGGAGGAUUCUCCGUUCCUCGUUACUGCGCCGAGACGAUUUUCCCACGGUUGGAUUACUCCGCCGAUCCUCCCGUGCAGAAUGUGAUUGCCAAGGAUGUUCACGGCGAGACUUGGAAGUUCCGGCAUAUCUACAGAGGGACACCGAGGAGGCAUUUGCUGACUACUGGAUGGAGUACCUUUGUGAAUCAGAAGAAGCUGGUGGCCGGAGACUCGAUUGUGUUCUUGAGGGCCGAGAACGGGGAUCUUUGCGUGGGAAUCCGGAGGGCUAAGAGGAGCGGAGUUGGGAAUGAGCCCUCGUCCGGUUGGAACUCCGGUGGUGCUGGGAAUUUCGGGUUCUCGUCUUUCUUGAAGGAGGAUGAGAGCAGGUUGAUGCACAGAGUUGGUAGUGGGAAUCUGAGAGAGAAGGGUAAAGUGAGGCCUGAGUCGGUUGUUGAGGCCACUUUCCUGGCGGCCAACGGCCAGCCUUUCGAGGUGGUCUAUUAUCCGCGGGCGAGCACGCCAGAGUUCUGCGUGAGGGCAUCAUCUGUGAGUGCCGCCAUGAGGGUGCAGUGGUGUGCUGGAAUGAGGUUCAAGAUGCCAUUUGAAACUGAGGACUCCUCUCGGAUUAGCUGGUUUAUGGGAACUAUUGCUUCUGUUCAAGUUGUUGACCCCCUCCGUUGGCCUAAUUCGCCUUGGAGACUGCUUCAGGUAACAUGGGAUGAACCUGAUCUGUUGCAAAACGUGAAAUGUGUCAGCCCUUGGCUUGUUGAGAUGGUCUCAAAUAUGCCAACAAUCCUCCACCUAUCACCCUUCUCACCACCAAGAAAGAAGUUGCGCUUACCGCAACACCCAGACUUUUCACUCGACGGCCAAUUUCCAAUGCCGUCGUUUUCAGGCACCCCCCUAGGUCCAAGCAGUCCCUUGUGUCUAUCUGACAACAUUACUGCAGGCAUACAGGGAGCCAGGCAUGCUCAAAUGGGAAUCCCAUUGUCGGAUCUCCAUCUCAGCAACAAACUGCAGAUGGGACUGUUACCACCCAGUUUCCUGCGGCUCGAUCCUCAUGCUAAAAUACCGAAUAGGAUGGCUAGGAGCCAUGUGGAUUGUAACGAAAAUAUAUCUUGCCUAUUAAGCAUGGGAAGUGGUACUCAAAAGUUGGAGAAAACUGAUGAUGUCAAGACACCUCGGUUCGUACUCUUUGGUCAACCAAUACUCACUGAGCAGCAGAUGUCUAGCGACUGCUCCAGUGAAGUAGCUUCUAAGGUAACAGAGGAAAAGAUCUCCUCUGGCGGGACAGCAUGGAAGAAUGGAAGUUUUGCUCUUGACUGUGAAGAUCUUCCAAAGAACCUUGCUGGUAGCCAGUUCUUGUGGAAACAAGGUUACCAUGCAUCUGAUCUUAGCUUGGAUACUGGUCAUUGCAAGGUGUUCUUGGAGUCGGAAGAUGUAGGUCGAACCCUUGAUCUAUCUGUUCUCGGAUCAUAUGAAGAGCUAUACAAAAGGCUAGAGGACAUGUUUGGAAUUGAAAGGUCAGAAAUGCUGAGCCAUGUGUACUACCGUGAUGCAGCAGGUGCUGUCAAACAAGCUGGAGAUGAACCAUUCAGUGAGUUCGUGAAGACUGCCAAGAGAUUGACUAUUCUUAUGAAACCAAGCAAUAACAACACUGAGAGGAAAUUUAUCACUGGUUUGCCAACCGCGGAGCGCGGACUAGAUUCCUCCAACCAGGCGGGGCCUCUCAGCAUCUUUGCGUAGUCGAAACAUCUUGGGAACCAUGGCAGAAUAGGCGAGGUUCUGGUUUAUUCAUCUCCAUUUCUAUAGUUCUAGUAUGUGUCUGCGUAUCCCAAUAUGUACUAUGGAAACUUCAAUAAUGUGAAGUUCUAGUAGCUAAAAAAAAUGUUUGUUGUCUAUAACAUCAUUCUAGUCAAUGGUGUAGAUUCGUGUUUAUGCUCUAAAGCCCAAUCAACUCUACUAUGUUGGCUGCUAUAUUUUUAUCAUCUUAUUAUGUUACAUGUUGAAAUAUAGCUCUUUCUUCCUUUU